GUCUUGUUCCCUCUUCCAAUCCUAUUGGAACCACCAUUCUAAUCCAACUUCCGCAUGCUUCAUUAUUUCCUCUACCCAUAUCUCUACAUCUACCAUUUUACCCACUCCACAUAAAUAAGCCCUUAUGAUAAUCUUUUCAUUUUAAUCAAACCCCAAACUCCUCUAGCCACCCACAACAUGGAGGCCAAUCCUUCUCACACUACAAUCCCUCAUCUUCACCAUGCUCCAUACACCCCCUUGCUCAACCACUCAUCAAGAGUAAACAAUAGCCAUAGACAUUCAAAGGGUAUCCUUAUUGUGAUACUUUGUUCCAUUCUUUUUCUAAUGUCAUUGGUUGCAUUCAUCGUGAAUCAAGGCCAAAACUACUUGCAAAUGUCGGAGAAUGGCAACACAGAAAAUAUUACCUCUUUCUCUAACAUCUCUUCCAAGCCUAGAGGGGUGGCUCAAGGGGUUUCAGCCAAGUCCAACCCAACCCUUUUCCAGAAUGUUUCAUAUAAUUGGACCAACGCCAUGUUUGCUUGGCAAAGAACAGCUUUUCAUUUUCAACCACAAAAAAAUUGGAUGAAUGAUCCUGACGGUCCAUUGUUUCACAUGGGGUGGUACCAUCUAUUUUAUCAAUACAAUCCUGAUUCAGCCGUGUGGGGCAACAUUUCAUGGGGUCAUGCUGUAUCAAGGGACAUGAUUCACUGGCUCUACCUUCCCAUUGCCAUGGAACCCGACACGUGGUACGACAUCAACGGUGUAUGGACAGGCUCCGCCACACUUCUGCCAGAUGGCAAAAUCAUCAUGCUUUAUACAGGUGACACCAAUGACUACGUGCAAGUGCAAAAUCUAGCAUACCCCACCAAUCUAUCCGAUCCCCUUCUCCUUGAUUGGGUCAAGUAUACGGGUAACCCGAUCCUACUACCCCCGCCCGGCAUUGGCCCGAAGAAUUUCCGCGACCCGACCACAGCUUGGAUCGGGCCAGACCGAAAAUGGAGGGUUGCAAUUGGGUCAAAGAAAGGGAAAAUGGGCCUCUCAUUGGUUUACAAAACCACGGAUUUUAUUGAGUUUGAGCCCAAUGAUCACUACUUGCAUGCGGUCCCGGGUACGGGUAUGUGGGAGUGUGUGGACUUUUACCCGGUAUCGAUAAACGGGUCGAAGGGUUUGGAUACAUCUUUUAAUGGGGGAAAUGUUAAGCAUGUGUUGAAGGCUAGUAUGGAUGACACAAGGGUGGAUAAUUAUGCAAUUGGAAAGUAUUUAGUUGAGAAUGAUACAUGGGUACCCGAUAACCCGAAUGAGGAUGUGGGUAUUGGGUUGCGUUUGGACUAUGGGAGAUACUAUGCUUCAAAGAGUUUCUAUGAUGAAGUGAAAGAGAGAAGGAUUUUGUGGGGUUGGAUCAAUGAAACGGAUACAGAAAGUGCUGACUUGAGAAAGGGUUGGGCUUCUCUUAUGACAAUUCCGAGAACAGUGCUGUUUGACAACAAGACUGGGAGUAAUUUGCUUCUGUGGCCAGUUGAGGAAGUAGAAACCUUAAGACUAAGCAGUGAUGAAUUUGAAGGAGUGGUGGUUAAGCCUGGCUCUGUUGUGCCACUCAACAUAACUCUAGCAACACAGCUGGACAUAUUUGCUGAAUUUGAGAUUGAAUCAUUGGCAUCCAAAGGGAUCGAGAAGAACAACAUAGGUUGUGGAAGGAGUGGUGCCACAGAUAGAAGUGGUUUUGGACCAUUUGGUCUUCUAGCUAUUGCAGAUGACACACUUUCUGAACAAACCCCAAUUUAUUUUCGCCUUUCUAAUACCACCUUUGCUACUUCAACCACUUUCUUCUGUGUUGAUGAAACGAGAUCAUCCAAGGCUCCUGAUGUUGCAAAGCCAAUUUAUGGGAGCAAAGUUCCAGUCCUUAGUGAUGAAAAACUAUCAAUGAGAGUUUUGGUUGACCAUUCAAUUAUUGAGAGCUUUGCUCAGGAAGGGAGAACUGUGAUCUCAAGUAGGGUUUACCCAACGGAAGCAAUAUAUGGAGCUGCAAGAUUAUUUCUAUUCAACAAUGCAACUGGCAUAAACAUUAAGGCCACCCUCAAGAUUUGGCAAUUGAACUCUGCUUUUAUUCGCCCUUUUCCCUUCGAUCAAAGUCAAUGAAGAGUGUUUAAACUAUGCAAUGGCCAAGUCCUGUUCCAUAAAUUUGGGCUACUAAUUCCUUGAAACAAGCAUGAUUUGGUGUGUCAAUGAAAUGAGGGGACUUGUGCAGCUACUUUUCUUUUCUAGUGGCUGAUUUGGUCAGGCCACAUGCUAGGGGUUGUUGUUUUCAACCUAUGACUUCUAUAGGUUAGAAGGUAGACCUUAGGCUUACACCAAAUCUCACUCCCCAUCGAUUGAAGGUCGCAUAAAAAUGUUUAUUACUGAGGUCACAUGGUAUAUUAAAAGUGCAAGUAAAUUAUCAAAAUUGGAUUUUCUUUUCA